UUUGACGAAGAACAUCAAGGACGUGCAGUCCGCAUUAGGAGCCGGCCAACAGACGCUACAUAAAUUAAUCAAAAGAGAGAAAAAGAAACCGACGACCUGCAAUCCAAUCCAACCCCCUCUCCGCGUUCAUCAAAAGUAGACAGCACAAAUUUUCAAAUGCCUGCGAACUUCAAUCUUCUUCAAUAAUUAGAUCCAGGGGCCCCCCAUUCUUGAAUUGUCGCGAGGAUGCGGCCAUUGUCGCUGCUACUAUUUCUUGCCCUCCAUGCAGCACUCGUUUCCGGUGCGUCCGUGAACAUUGCUUGCGGAAGGGCCGAUUCCUUCACCGAUGAUGAUGGCGCGGAGUGGAUUGGGGACCGCGACUACAUCAACAUUGGAACGGCUGGAAAGGUUGCUGGAAAUUCCUCACUGUCUGAACCCCUGACCCACCUUCGUUAUUUUCCGGGCUUCAUGACCGCCUGCUACAAUUUGACCGGCAUGGCAAUAGCGGGAGGUAUGGUUACUGUUACCACCAAUUUCUACUACGGAAACUACGAUGGGACUAACCGCCCCCCAGAGUUUCGGGUUCGGUACGACAACUACACAUGGAAGAACGUCGUCACGAGUUAUAAUACGGUGACAUAUCCGCUGACGUUCGUGGCAGAGUCCGGCAACAUCAACAUCUGCUUGGGAGUUCCGGCCGGUGAUCAUAAAAACACGGCGUUUGUGAACACCAUACAACUAGAAGGAUCCGUCCGGGCGAUCUCCACGGAGGACGGUCUGAAGCGAAAACUUUUGCAACCAUGGGCUAUCCUGAUCUGUUUGGUGGUGUUUCUGGUGAUGUUGGCCCUGUUAUCCGUGUGUUGUUGCUGCUGCUGUUGUUGCUAAAGAGGGAUCGUCUCAGAAACAGCGCCUUGUGUCCGCAACGAUUUAAAAUA